GUCGCGUAAAUGUGACGUCGGUGAAAAAACACGUGACGUUAGUCAGCGAUACACGACCAGAAAGUAGUUGUGUACCAAGAAGUGUAGUUCAAAUAUUUCGCAUGCUUAUUCGUUGUAAGCAGUAGUUCCUAGUCGAAGAACCACAUUUCCCUAGAAGGAACCAGAGAACGCUUCUGAUGAAGGGUCUGCAAAGCAGAAGUCAUUCAAGAGGAUUAUCGAAGCCGUUGUUUAAAUGGUGAAAACACAUCGUUUUGAAGACUGCUGAGCCUCGCAGGUAUGUAUGAUGAUGUUUUAUUGUUUAUUACUGCUAACAAAACCAUUUAUAUGGUCGUAUUAUUGCUAACGAUGAUGUGCCAUGAGGAUCGGAAUCUUAGGUAUCCAGGAUGGCUGUAAGCUUACAACAGUCUUUGUUAGUCAUUUUUGUAAGUUAUACUAACCAGCCAUCAACCUAACGUUAAGUUAUUUAGCUACUUUCGUUUUAAUCAAAACAAAAGUGGUAAUGGUAAAGUUAGCUACGGUGGUGAAUAUCUUGCUCAUGUCACCAGAUGUUCACCUUGCAGCCAAACGGCUAGCUAGUGCAUUGGAUUUGGUUGGUUAGUUAGUUAACGUUAGCUGGCUAAUUAGCUAACGUUACAUGUCAGUGUUGUUGAUCUUAACUACGUUGUUGUUGACUUGGCUACUAUUCAUUCUCUAUCUUGCCACUAGCCUAGUGGUGAAAAUAUGUCAACCCACCAUUUCUCUCUAUCCGUCUCCCUCCCUCCACCCAUCCCUCCUUCUCUCUCAGUGAAUCCCUGACCAACUGACCUUCCUGACCCUGUGCACAACCAUGGCGAUCCUGUUUGCGGUGGUCGCCCGCAGCAGCACCAUCCUGGCGAAGCAUGCGUGGUGUGGCGGUAAUUUCCUGGAGGUGACAGAACAGAUCCUGGCUAAGAUACCGUCCGAGAACAACAAGCUCACCUACAGCCAUGGCAGGUAGCGUUAACACAUGCACUCAAAGACAGCCACACACACAUCCUCCUGGAGUUGGACAUUCCUGUUAGACUUGUACUGUAUGAAUGUUGGCGUGACCGUUGAAGAUCUGACUGAGUUAUCUGUCUUCUCCUUCAGCUAUCUCUUCCACUACAUCUGCCAUGACAGAAUCAUAUACCUCUGUAUCACCGAUGACGUGAGUAUACAGGCUGUAGUUUUGAUGUGAGUGAGUAUGUUCUGUAUAGGUGGGCUGCAGGACUGUUAACCCCCUAGAGUCGAUGUCUGCGCACCUGCUGAAAUCUAAUUAGCAUAAAUAAAUAAAAAAUCUAAAUCUGUCAGUUUAAGCUAGAGAUAUCUUUUGCAUUGGAUGCGUCUCAAUCUGGUGGCCUUCCGCAUCUGCGGUGGACGGUGGCCAAGCCACAGCGGUGUUUAUCAGACCGUGAGUCAUCCCGAAAAUCAGUCUUCUCACGAAAACGCCUGUAGCGUCCGAAUGGUUUGGCCUACAAACCCCCCCCCCCCCCGUCAGUCAACACACACCCUGUAGUGGGUGUUGACUGUCUGUCUGUCAGGACUGUAGUGUGUGUUGACUGACUGCCUGUCUGUCAGGACUGUAGUGUGUGUUGACUGACUGUCUGUCAGGACUGUAGUGUGUGUUGACUGUCUGUCAGGACUGUAGUGUGUGUUAACUGUCUGUUUGUCUGUCUAUCUGUCAGGACUAUAGUGGGUGUUGACUGUCUGUCAGGACUGUAGUGUGUGUUGACUGACUGUCUGUCUGUCUGUCUGUCAGGACUGUAGUGUGUGUCUGUCUGUCUGUCUGUCUGUCUGUCAGGACUGUAGUGUGUGUUAACUGUCUGUUUGUCUGUCUAUCUGUCAGGACUGUAGUGGGUGUUGACUGACUGUCUGUCUGUCUGUCUGUCAGGACUGUAUGUGGUGUUGUUGUAACUGUUGUGUACUGCGUCUGUCAGGACUGUAGUGUGUGUUGACUGACCUGUCUGUCAGGACUGUAGUGUGUGUUGACUGACUGUCUGUCUGUCUGUCUGUCAGGACUGUAGUGUGUGUUGACUGUCUGUCUGUCAGGACUGUAGUGUGUGUUGACUGUCUGUCUGUCAGGACUGUAGUGUGUGUUGACUGACUGCCUGUCUGUCAGGACUGUAGUGUGUGUUGACUGACUGUCUGUCUGUCUGUCAGGACUGUAGUGUGUGUUAACUGUCUGUCUGUCUGUCUGUCAGGACUGUAGUGUGUGUUGACUGACUGUCUGUCUGUCAGGACUGUAGUGUGUGUUGACUGUCUGUCUGUCUGUCAGGACUGUAGUUGUUGUGUUGACUGUCGUUGUCGUUUAGGACUGUAGUGUGUGUUGACUGUCUGUCUGUCUGUACUGUCAGACUGUAGUGUUGUUGACUGUCGUACUGUCUGUCAGGACUGUAGUGUGUGUUGACUGACUGUCUGUCAGGACUGUAGUGUGUGUUGACUGUCUGUCUGUCUGUCUGUCAGGACUGUAGUGUGUGUUGACUGUCUGUCUGUCAGGACUGUAGUGUGUGUUGACUGAGUCUGUCUGUCAGGACUGUAGUGUGUGUUGACUGUCUGCCUGUCUGUCAGGACUGUAGUGUGUGUUGACUGACUGUCUGUCUGUCUGUCAGGACUGUAGUGUGUGUUAACUGUCUGUCUGUCUUCUGUCAGGACUGUAGUGUGUGUUGACUGACUGUCUGUCUGUCAGGACUGUAGUGUGUGUUGACUGUCUGUCUGUCUGUCAGGACUGUAGUGUGUGUUGACUGUCUGUCAGGACUGUAGUGUGUGUUAACUGUCUGUUUGUCUGUCUGUCUGUCAGGACUUAGUGGGUGUUGACUGUCUGUCAGGACUGUAGUGUGUGUUGACUGACUGUCUGUCUGUCUGUGCAGGACUGUAGUGUGUGUGUGACUGUCUGUCAGGACUGUAGUGUGUGUGACUGUACUGUCUGUUGCUUCAGACUGUAGUGUUGUUGCUGUCCUGUCAGGACUGUAGUUGUGUGUGACUGUCUCUGUCUGUAGCUGUAUGUCUGUUGCUGUGAGACUGUAUGUCGGUCUGUCGUUGCUGCUGUCUGUCUGUCUGUCAGGACUGUAGUGUGUGUUGACUGUCUGUCAGGACGUAGUGUGUGUUGACUGACUGUCCUGUCGUGUCUGUUCUGUCUGUCUGUCUGUCAGGACUGUAGUGUGUGUUGACUGUCUGACUGUCUGUCAGGACUGUAGUGUGUGUUGAUGACUGUCUGUCGGCUGUAUGUGUCUGCUGUCUGUCUGUCGGUAUGAUCUGUCUGUCUGUCAGGACGUAUGUAGGUUGUCGUCUGCGUCACACGACUGAGUAGGUGAGAGCGUUUCAGACGACGUAUGGUUCCGAGCUCAGACAGCUCUGCCCUACGCUAUGAACUCAGAGUUCUCCCUCCAACUGCUCGAUGGCCCAGAUGGUGAGAGACACCCACACAGACACACACACACACACAGACACACACACACACACACACACACAGACACACACACACACACACACACACCACACACACACACACACACACACAGACAGACACACCAGACACACACAACAGACACACACACAGCACACACACAACACACACACACACACAGACACACACACAACACACACACACACACAACACACACACACACACAGACACACACAACAGCACACACACACAGACACACACACACACACACACAACACACACAACACACACACACCACACACACACAGACACACACACACACACACACACAGACACACACACACACACACACACAUCACAUGAUCACAUGAUUUCAUCUGAACUAUAGAAGUGAUUGAUCGUGAAUGGUUAAGACUAGUGUGUUGACUGUCUGUUUGACUCCCCCUCCCCCCUCCUCCCCACCCCACACCCCUCAUCAUCAAAAAAUCCUCAUCAAUCUAAACACAAUACCCCAUAAUGACAAGCGAAAACAGGUUUAAAAAAAAAAACAGAAAUACCUAAUUUACAUAAGUAUUCAGACUCUUUGCUAUGAAACUCAAAAUUGAGCUCAGGUGCAUCCUGUUUCCAUUGAUCAUCCUUGAGAUGUUUCUACAAGUUGAUUCAAUUGAUUGGACAUGAUUUGGAAAGGCACACACCUGUCUAUAUAAGGUCCCACAGUUGACAGGUCUUGUCAGAGCAGAAACUAAGCCAUGAAGUCGAAGGAAUUGUCCGUAGAUCUCCCAGAUGAGGCAUAGAUCUGGGGAAGGGUAUAAAACAAUGUCUGCAGCAUUGAAGGUCCCCAAGAACACAGUGGCCUCCAUCAUUCUUAAAUGGAAGAAGUUUGGAACCACCAAGACUCUUCCUAGAGCUGGCCGCCCGGCCAAACUGAGCAAUCGGGGGAGAAGGGCCUUGGUCAGGGAGGUGACGAAGGGCCUUGGUCAGGGAGGUGACGAAGGGCCUUGGUCAGGGAGGUGACCAAGAACCCGAUGGUCACUCUGACAGAGCUCCAGAGUUCCUCUGUGGAGAUGGGAGAACCUUCCAGAAGGACAACCAUCUCUGCAGCACUCCACCAAUCAGACCUUUAUGGUAGAGUGGCCAGACGGAAGCCACUCCUCAGUAAAAGGCGCAUGACAGCCUACUUGGAGUUUGCCAAAAGGCACCUAAAGACUCUCAGACCAUGAGAAACAAGAUUCUCUGGUCUGAUGAAACCAAGAUUGAACCAUUUGGCCUGAAUGCCAAGCGUCACGUCUGGAGGAAACCUGCCACCAUCCCUAUGGUGAAGCAUGGUGGUGGCAGCAUCAUGCUGUGAGGAUGUUUUUCAGCGGCAGGGACUGGGAGACUGGAUAAAAGACUGGGCUGAAAGGGUUAUGGCUGUGGGGAAGCUGGAGGAAGGGUUAAUGGAUAAAAGACUGGGCUGAAAGGAGGUUGUAUAAAGGUUGAAUGGAGGUUGUGUAAAGGUUGAAUGGAGGUUGUGUAAAGGUUGAAUGGAGGUUGUGUAAAAGUUGAAUGGAGGUUGUGUAAAGGUUGAAUGGAGGAUGUGUAAAGGUUGCAUGGCAACUCU